CUCAAAUUUGGCGGUUGAGAAGCAACGACCAAAACUGUAUGUUUCUCUGACUCUCCUUUUGCUGUGUCUGAAAAAAACAAACCAAAAUGAUGUUAUUUGAAUGCAAAACCAUGCCAGGUGGAGCCACCGUGUCCUCCUCCUCCGGUCACCGGUUCCACUGUCUACCUCCUCUUCAACUCACAAAGUCUCCACUUGUUUCUGUUCAUCCUCAAUCCAUUUCAUGUUUUCAUGCUAAGCUUUUCUUCAAAAGCAAUAGGUUUAGUUUUGUUCCAGUAAGAGCUGCUGAUUCUUCAACUACUACUGCUUCUCAGUCUUCUUCUGAUGUUCCUAUUGAUAGUAGAACACUUGUUCCUGAUGAUGAAAUUUCCAUUACUAAGAUUUCAUUUGGUACGAUUGGAUUAAGUCUUGGAGUUUCACUCUUGUCCUAUGGUUUUGGAGCAUACUUUAAUAUUCUUCCUGGAUCUGAAUGGUCAGCUAUAAUGUUAACAUAUGGUUUCCCUCUUGCUAUCAUUGGCAUGGCACUCAAGUAUGCAGAACUCAAGCCAGUGCCAUGCCUCACAUAUUCAGAUGCUUACAAAUUGCAAGAAAAAUGUGCAACUCCUAUUCUUAAACAGGUGAAGAGUGAUGUUACCAGAUUUCGCUAUGGGGAUGAACAGCAUUUAGAGGAGGCGUUGAAACGAAUUUUCCAAUAUGGUCUAGGAAAUGGAAUCCCUAGAAGAAGUGCACCCAUUCUACAGAUGGUUCGUGAAGAGGUCACACAAGAUGGAAAAUAUUCUUUGGUCUUGGUUUUCGAGGCUAAGGCUCUGAAGUUGUCAGAUUUUGAACAGAGACAGGCUAAAUUUACUUCAUUCUUUGGGCCUGGAAUUACAGCAGAAGUUGGUAACGGCGAAAAUGAUCUAUACGAGGUUCGGCUUAUCUCCAAUACAGACCCUAAUGCUGCAUCUUCUCCAUGAAGUUAUUGACCAUUUUAUUCUCAGUCCAUGUUGCUUGAUUUAGUUAAUUACAGGACUUAGGUCCUAUGAAAUAUGUAUAAAAUUCAAAGGUAUAGAUUAUUUUGUCAUGUAUUAAAUGUUGACACAGAUUGAAAGAAAUAGAGAAGCAAUUGAAAAGGAAGAGCCUAGCCAAUGUUAAUCACAUUAUUUUAUUUUUUUACA